CCUCCCCACUCUUCAUAAUCCCUUCCCUCUUCUUCCCUUCUCUUCCCCACCUCUCUCUCUCUCUUUCUGCAACUCUUUCUCUCAUCUGUGCUCUCUGACUCUUAGUGGGCUUAGCCUGGAGAAGAUUACAAGAAUAAUAAUAAGAAGAAGAUGGUGAAGAACGAUCUCUACAUAACUGUACCCAGUUUCUUCAAAUGUCCAAUCUCCCUGGACGUCAUGAAAUCUCCCGUUAGCCUCUGCACAGGCGUCACCUACGACCGCUCCAGCAUCCAGCAAUGGCUAGACAGUGGUAAUAACACCUGCCCAGCUACCAUGCAGCCUUUACCUAGCAAAGAUUUUGUUCCCAACCACAACCUCCACCGUCUCAUCCAGAUCUGGUCCGAUUCCCUUACCCCUUCUUCCUCUUCCGUUGUCUCCCCUGAACAGGCCCGAAACUUGAUCAACAACAUCCACCACCAAGUCGAUCACGGUCACGAUCACGAUCACGACCACUCAACCACCGGGGAUUGCUUCGGUUCUUUGUCCAAGAUCAUCGAUUUUGCAAGAGAAUCCGAUGAUAACCGCAAGUUCCUCGCCGAGACAGAUGGUAUCGUUGCAACAAUCGUUGGUGUUCUGGCUAAUGACGCCGAUACGAUGAUCUUCGAACAGGCCAUUCGGGUUUUGGACCUGAUUCUCGCGGAUUACAGAGAUAAAGAGCAGCUCAUGAGAUUUAUCCUGAAGAGCGACCGUGAUUUCAUGUCUUCCAUUCUUCUGGUGCUUCAGAAGGGAAGCUUGGAUUCCAAAAUCGCAUCAGCUCGGGUUUUGGAAGCCAUAGCCGUGGACCCAGAAUCUAAACUUCUGAUCGCCGAGAAGGAAGGCGUCUUACUUGAACUGAUGCGUUUGUUGAGCCCCGUGACGGAUGAUUUGACGGCCACGGCAGUUGAAGCUGGAUUAUCUUGCUUGAUUGCGGUAUCUAUGCAGCGGCGGAUCAGAUUACAGAUCGUGAGACUUGGGGUAGUCCAAGUGUUGGGGAAAUUGCUCCAACGACCAGAUUCUGGAGCUUCCGUGGUUGAGAAGGUUUUGAAAUUAUUAGAGAUGGUGUCAACCUGCACAGAAGGUCGCACAGCCAUAUGUGAAGACCCGAACUGCGUCUCUGCCAUCGUCAGAAAAAUGCUGAAGGUGUCUAAGGAGGCGACGGAACACGCGGUGGUGAUACUGUGGAGCGUUUGCCAUCUGUUCAGAGACCAGACUGCCCAGGAGGCCGUCACCAAGGCCAACGGCUUGACAAAGAUUUUGCUUCUGAUGCAGAGUAAUUGUUCGCCGUCGGUCCGGCAGAUGUCCGGCGACCUCCUUAAGAUCUUCCGUGUCAAUUCAAAAUCUUGUCUUUCUGGCUAUGAUACUAAAACCACCCACAUCAUGCCUUUCUGACUAUUCUUCUUCUUAUCCUUAAGAACACUAAUCACUGGGGAAAGGAAAAAAAAUUCCCAAAAACAAAAAGGAAAAGACUGUAAAUGAAGAGAAAAUUUUGUUAACGGAAAGGAAAUUAUACAGAGAAAACCCAAUUCAAUUUUGUUCA